AUGGAAUAUGUUGUAAACUCUCAACCGUCUGAGGACCUAAUGCAUAAUCAUAAAACGUAUAAGUAUGAUAUGGAAAAUCCUUACAAAAAUUUUUUAACAUCAUACGAAUUAGCUAAUUUGAUCGAUUCUGAGAAAGACAAAGGCGGUAAAUCUUUAAACCUGUAUAUGGAUGAUAAUGUAAAAUGCUACUUCAACGUUCAUGCAAAACAACUCAAGGACAAUAUUAAUAAGUUGAAAAGGUUUACUAUUCCUGAACUGUGCAAAUCAAAAUUGUCCUCAAAAAAUCAAGAAGAAACAGAAAAUGUUGAACAACAAGUUACCGAGGAGGAGAAUGAAGCAAGCGAAGUGUUGGCUUAA